AUGCACACCAGAAAGGUUCAACAUGCGACAAUAGCCGUUUCCUCAGAGAGCAGAAUUAAAGAAGAAGAAGAAGACGAUGUUAAUUUAGGGCCACUUGUACCGUUUUCUACAGAUAAGUCGAUGGAACCGUAUCAAGUGAUUGAUCUAUUCAAUGUUUGUUUUCGAGAUAUUCUUCAUUCCCCCGAUUUACAAGUGGGUAUUCAGCUGGUAAAAACUGCUUUGUAUCAUCGAGAUUAUCUUGCAGCGUUUGAUGACGAAAACAAACGGUUUACAUAUGCCGCAAGGUGGACUCCCUCAAGGUCAUUGGCAUACGCCGCUUUGUUUUCGAGUUUGAACCCGAUAUCCACAUUACUCGACAACCAAGAUCUUGCAGUUAAUGUGCUUUGCAUUGGAGGUGGUGCAUCAUCAGAACUCGUUGGUUUGGGGUCAGUCUUUUGCAGACUCAAGGAAUACAAGCCUACUUCACCGUCGAAGAUCAGGAUCUCAAUUGUUGAUAUAGCUGAUUGGAAUGAAGUAGUGUCGAAUGUGGCUUCUUAUAUCAAAAGAAACUGGUUGUUCCAAGAGGAAAAGUUGGUGACACAGUUUACUCAUGCGGAUAUUUUAAGCGUAGACUUGAAUACAUUGGAAAUUGGCAAAAUGGACUUGGUUACGUUGAUGUUUACAACAAAUGAAUUAUUUUCAGAAAAAAGAAAAGACACAAUCAAGCUUUUCCUGAAUUUGAGCAAACAGUGCAAACCGGGCUCUUUGUUAUUGAUCGCCGAAAGUGCUGGAUCUUUCUCACACAUUACAAUUGGUGAGAAAAAAUUCCCAGUCCAAUUCUUGAUAGAUACUAUUUUAGUUGGAAAGAUGAAUGAAAACAAUGGUCUGUGGGAACUCAUUUCACAAAAUGAUGGUAUUUGGUACAGGGUCAAUGAGAAGGAGGUCAAUUACUCUAUAAAGUUGGAAAAUAUGAGGUUUUUUUAUAGGUUAUAUAGAAGGAAGCAAUAA